UCGGACAGCAGCUUGAAAUCUAGAAAAUUUUGCCUGCCAUUACUUAGAUGCAGUUGAAUUUGUGACUGUAGCUUAGUUUGGGGUUGUGAGGGACCAGGUAGGCAGAUGGUGGGAAAUGAGGGCAGGCUCUACCCUACAGUGCUGCCGACAACUCAAAGGUGAAUUUCUGAUUAACUACUAACACUUUUGUUUUCUAAAAAGGAAUAAUCUUAAUAAAACCUACAGGGAACAGUUUUUACAACAGAUCAAAAGAUGAUUGGAAAAGGAACUUCUGAAAUCUAACAUGGUUUCCGGCCUUACUCUAUUACAACACUGGAAAACAAUAUGAUUUAUAAGGUAGUUCAGUCUGAAGUCAAUUUAAACCAGACAAUGACACGACGUUUUCCUCCAUUAGCACUUAUAUUUCACAGCAACAGUGUGUGUAAGCAGCUUUUUGUUUAAAGCCCUCCCCCGCAUGAGUCCCUCUGCUCUCCCGUCAGGAGUCAUGGGAGGAGUUUGCGUUGGAAGCCACAAAACUUUUGCGUGUCCUCCUGUCUUUCGACGCCACGCCUCUGCGUUUUCUUCCGCGCGUUGAUUUCAUACCAAACUCAUACUUUGCAUUCCGGAUUUGUCUGUUAAACUCGAUUGUUUUGGUUUUACCUGGGAAGUUCCCACUAUCCAAGAAGGAAAAGCUGUUCUCCCCGGGCCAGCAGGACUAGAGCGGGCAGAGCUCGCGGCUGUGGCGGCAGCAGCAGGAGCAGGAAAGCCGUUGGGAGGUGAUUUGACCUGAACCGUCAUCAUUGCGUCGGAGUGGAGUUGCCGUGGAAGCCCUGAUGGGGCACAGGAGGAGAGUGGCAAUGGAGAGGUGCUGGCAGACGGGACGGACCGUGGAUUGGACGGAGACCCUGAAGGGGUGUGGAGUCCAGACAUUGAACAAAGCUUCCAGGAAGCUUUGGCAAUCUACCCACCCUGUGGGAGGAGGAAGAUCAUCCUAUCAGAUGAAGGAAAGAUGUAUGGUCGAAAUGAGCUGAUUGCUCGCUACAUAAAACUACGAACAGGAAAGACGCGAACACGCAAACAGGUAUCAAGUCACAUCCAGGUUUUGGCCCGUAAGAGGGUGCGAGAAUACCAGGCAAGCAUCAAGGCCAUGAACUUGGACCAGGUGUCCAAAGACAAGGCGCUGCAGACAGUGGCCAACCUGUCAUCUGCUCAGAUUGUGUCUGCGAGUGUCAUGAAACCUCAAACACCCUUCCCAGCAUCAGUCAGAUUUUGGCCAGGUCCUGUACCGGGACAGGCUGGACAUUCUCAGGACAUUAAGCCCUUUGCACAGCCUCCAUACACAACACUACCUACCCCUGUCCCCACACCUAUUGGUUAUGAGGCCCUGCCACCCCCUCGGCCUCCAGCUAUAGCUCCUCCUGUAUGGCAAGACAGAACCAUUGCUUCAGCGAAACUACGACUGGUGGAAUAUUCUGCGUUUAUGGAAUCCCAGAGAGACAGAGAGACGUACAAACACCUUUUUGUACACAUUGGGCCGUCAAACCCAGGCUACAGCGAUCCUGUGCUGGAGUCCAUAGACGUGAGGCAGAUUUACGACAAAUUCUCGGAGAAGAAAGGAGGUCUAAAGGAGCUGUACGAAAAAGGGCCGCACAACGCCUUUUUUCUUGUCAAAUUUUGGGCUGACCUCAGCAUUGAUGUUGAAGAAGGUUCUGGCAUCUUUUAUGGUGUGAGCAGCCAAUACAGUGGAACGGAAAAUAUCACCAUCAGCGUUUCUACGAAGGUGUGCUCAUUUGGAAAACAAGUGGUGGAGAAGGUUGAGACGGAAUAUGCACACCUGGAGGGAGGAAAGUACAUGUUUCGAAUCCACCGUUCACCCAUGUGUGAAUAUAUGAUCAACUUCAUCCACAAACUGAAGCACCUGCCAGAAAAAUACAUGAUGAACAGUGUACUAGAGAAUUUCACUAUUCUCCAGGUGGUGUCCAACAGAGAAACUCAGGAGACUCUGCUGUGCAUCGCCUUUGUGUUUGAAGUGUCCACAAGUGAACAUGGAGCACAGUACCACGUUUACCGACUGGUUAACGACUAGCAGCAUGUUUUUUUUUUUUUUCAUGCAUGCAGAGACUCUAAAUACUUUUUUUUUUAUACACUUGCAUCUUAAACACUAUGUCCAGCUCAAUGCAACCCCCCACUCCACAGUCAGACCAAUCGCCACACCUGUUGUUUGCUUAGCAAGUCCAUCCAAACUCCGUAUGAAACACCUUUUAAGUCAUCAACAAUUGGGAAUGCAUCUUUACUGUCAUUUCUACUGGAUUCACAAACCUUUUCCAGCAUUUGCAUCAUAAUCAAGAGUUGUGAGAGAUGAGAUUUGAAUAAAAAAACAAACAAAAAAGAAUCCCAACUAGAUAUUAAACCAGUGUUAAUGUAGCCUGCCACAAGGACGAUUUUUUUCUAAAGUUUUUAGUAUUCUGUUGAGGUACAUUUUGAGUGAGCCCUCAGUGGUGUGUUUUUGUCCCAACUUAAUGUGAAGUUGUGGACUUAAGUCAGAUCAAAGAUCCAAGGAUCAAUCUGCAGAAAAUCUGCCUUUGUCAAAGAACAGUGCACUACAAUUUUAAGACAUUCAUGUCGUAUUUAUAUUUUAAAUGAUAUUGUAAAGUGAAAAGAGGAUGGAUUUUUGGAUUUCUGGUGGUACAUGAUAUUAGGGGUGUGGGUGCGAGUGCCUUAGAUAUUGCCUCAUGUUUGUUUUAAAACAGCAAAUGUGCUUCAGUUAAUUUUAGACUUUUUGUAAGGAGGGAUUGCUUUUAUCUCUUAAAGAAACAAGACAUUUUUUUACUCCUUAUCUGGGCUUGCUGCAGUAUUUCUACCUCCCUGUAAGUUGGGAUAAGAAUGUGCUUUGAUUCUUAAAGCCUUAAGCUGAGGAGCACUGAUGUACAGGAUGCAUACACUACAUUUCUAAUGGUACUGUUUUAUAGGCCAAACAAGAUUAAUACAUGCAUUUUUAAACUCUUUUGUACUUCUCUAGCACAGUACGGUGUGUUACACUAAACACCAUAAAUGGUGGAUGCUAAUGUUUUUUUGUUUCUUUUUUAUUGGAUGCAUACAUGUCAGACCACAUAGGAUCUCCCACAAUGCAUUGAGGGUAGAUUCUUGACUGAAAACACUAGUAAACUAUUCAGCUGACACUAUUAUCUUCUGUUCUUAGCACUACUGGUACAUAUAGCUACCAUUUUUCUUGUUUUAAUUGCGUAAGACAAUUUUCACUGUUGAUCAGCCAGAAGUGUUGCAUUUUAUCUUGAAUUUCCAGUCUGAGUAUUGGCUUUUUCUUUGUCUCUUUUUUGGAUAAUCUUUUUAUUUUGAUUUUUUUGAAGUUGUUCCAGUAAAAAUGUUAAAGAUAGAAGAUUCCUCUUUUUCUAAAUUCCUAAAAAUCUAAAUUUUAUAUUGGAAUGGUUAUAUUAAAAGAAGAAAAAAUCAUGAAAAACUUACAGCAUGAAACUCGUGUACAGCAACUCAAUCAAAGCAUUGCCUUCCAGAUUUUUUUCUAAAACCUUUGAUUAAUAAAGUAUUCUUGAUGUUUGUAAUAUUAAGGCCUUAUAUGAUUGUAUACGAAAUCUCAUAUCUCCAUACAUAUUUAUUGGACAGAAUUGUUUCAGAAUUUUCAGUUUAAAUAUUGAUCAUGUGGAAAAAUGUUUUAAUGUCAAUGCGAAGUGGAUAAUAUUGAUCAAUACCCUAAUCCUUUUAGAAAAUGUUUGCUGUUUUGUAUCUCCUGAAUUCUUUGCUUUUGAUGUUGGAAUCCCCAGGAUGUUUUUUUGCGACUCGGUUUCCAUUAUUAAAAAGUCCUGCUAGGGGGAGCUAUCACCUCAUGUUUACACAUUCACUGCUCUGUAUGUUAAGUAUUCAAAUGUACCUACCUGCUCAUUUUAUAAAACGUUUUACGUAUACAUCUCAGCCAAUGUUUUCACUUUGAUCUUUCACUGUCAGGCAUUUAUGUUCUGAUUUGUCUUUGCUCAAAAGAUUUUGUUGUCUUUUUACAAAGUUGGUUAUCAAUGCAUGUUUGUUGUUGUAUAAUAAUCAUCCUGCAAAAAAUGUGGGGGAGAAAAACUUGCUGCCAUGUGUUUUUUAAAGUCAUUUCUUUUAAUGUUUGUAUGUGUCAAGUAAUGGUUGACUUUCACUUUUUUAAACACUUGUUCAGUUUUUUUUUUUUUUUUUUUUUUUUUUUUUUUUUUUUUUUGGUCGGACAUCUGCCAAAAUUGUCUAAGAGGUUAGAUCUGUAAUAAAUAGUGACACAUGCCAAAAAGAAUUCCUGGCAAUGGAUGUGAUACCGUUAAUACAGUCUGCCAAUGUUACAAGAGGACAUUAAAAUUGCAGAGCUGCAUUGAUUGAAAUGGGUAUUUAAAGUCUGAAUCUAAGGCCGUCAAAUGUAAUAAACACUACCUUCUCCUAUAAUCUCA